GAGCGCGUGGACCCGGAAGCGGCCAAUAACCCGGACCUGCACCUCAACCGUGCCACCCUGCUGCAGUACGAGGAGCGCUAUGGGGCGGCGCUGGAGGGGCUGAGCCGGGCGGGGGCCCUGGCGCCAGGGUGGGCGGAGCCUCGGCGUCGCCACGCCCAGCUCGUGGACUUCCUGUCCCGCCUCUGCGCAGCGCUGGCCAAUCGGCCCCCUUCCCGUGGGAAGCGGCGCCGGAGCCGCCCGGACCCCCCCCAAGCCCCGCCCCCUUCCCCCCCCUCCCCCCCGCUGCCCCCUUCCCUAAGCCCCGCCCCCUUAAGCGAGCUCCGCCCUGGGCCCAACCCCCGCCGCGCUCUGAUUGGCCGCGUCCUCUUCACCUGCGCCCCGGAGGGGCGGGUCCCAUACGCGUUGGGAUUGGCUGACGGAGCAGGGGGCGUGGCCGCCGUCACCGUCUACAACGCGGCUCCUGAUUGGACGGUGGCCGUGGGAGACAGCGUGGUCGUGCCCCGGCCCUGCCUCAAGCAGCACCUGCACCAGCACCAAGGGCAGACGUUUUCCUUCCUGGGGGUCCGCGUCCCCUCCCCCCUCUCCCUGCUCGUCAACGGCCGCGCCCCUCCCCCCUCGGCCCUGGCCCCCGCCCGCCUCCUGCUGAGGGCGGACCCCGCCCAGGCCACGCCCCCCGAGCCCUGAGCCAAUCAGAGCCCGCGGA